AUGAGCUCGCCACAGCACCAACCUCACCCUCACCCUCACCCUCACCCCUCGGGCAGCCCUCGAGUCGGCUCAUUCAAGCGUCCUUCAGUUCUCAACCCGGACCACGAUCCCUCUCUUUUGGUCACCAGAGGCAAUGGCGCCCUCGUCAGCCUCAUCAGGAAUCGAUCCAAUGCCACACUGCGCGAGUCGCUGAAGAGCCCUGGCCUCCACCACGAUGACGAAGAAGCUGCCCUCGAGAACCAGUCGCUGCUGGGCUUCCUGCACAGAGACUCGGACGACGACCACCGCCGCUCCGCAGCCGAGGAGCGCCGCCUCAGCGAGAUCAUCUUCGGCCCUCAGAUGAGAAGUAUGCGCCUGAUCGGAAACAGCAAUCCACGCUAUCAAUGGGAACGCUACUGGAAGACCGAGGCCGAGCUUCAGAAAAUGUCAAAGCCUAUACGCGAGUACUACGAGAGAAACAACGACCUCAUUCGCAUGUACCUCUUCAUCGACCAGCUCCUGGACUCAUCGGUGCCCCACGACCUACUCAACGAGUAUCACCAAGCUCUGGACGCCUCAGCCUACCGCCCGGUUGACGUGCCCCAAACAAUCACCGAAGAAUCGCCAACUCCUACCUCUCCUCCCUCGCGCGGCGGCCCCGGCUAUGGCAGCACUGCUUCGGUCCCAAACAGCAGCACGGAGCAUAGCAGUUCGGCAAACAGCAUUCAGCAAAAGGUAAAACGCACGCCCAAGGACAUUUUUCGGCCCACCGAGUCCACCCCACUCCUGACGCUUAACGGCCACGACGAGGAGGAAGGUUUAGCCGAAGACCCCGACGCUCCUAAGCCCGAAAUCCCCUGGCUCGAGGACGGCGAUAUCGACAGCAGCGACCCCAUCGUCACUCUUGCUAUCUGGGUCAACUUCAUCGCCAACGGCUUCUUGUUGCUGGGAAAGAUCAUUGUCGUCUUCUCCGUCCCGUCCGUCUCCGUUCUCGCCAGUUUGGUCGAUGCCGUCCUCGAUUUCCUCAGCACCGCCAUUGUGUGGACAACAACCAGGCUCAUCGCCGCCAGUCAAAAUGAUCAACACUCUUACCCCGUUGGUAGACAGCGUCUCGAGCCUCUUGGCGUUUUGGUCUUCUCCAUCGUCAUGGUCACCUCGUUCUGCCAGGUCGCCCUCGAGGCCAUCCAGCGCCUCAUGUCUCCUGAACACGAAAUCAUCCAGCUAGGCAUUCCGGCCAUUGCCAUCAUGGUCGGAACCGUCGUCAUCAAGGGCCUGUGCUGGCUGUGGUGCCGUCUCAUCAAGAACUCCAGUGUUCGAGCCUUGGCGGACGAUGCAAUGACGGAUGUCAUCUUCAACACCGGCUCCAUCCUUUUCCCAAUCGUCGGCUUCUACGCCAAGAUCUGGUGGCUCGACGCUCUCGGCGGUCUCUUGCUCUCCUUUGUCGUGAUUGUCAAUUGGAGCCAGACCUCGGCGCAUCAUGUUCGAAACCUGACGGGCUUCUCGGCGACUUCGGAUGAGAGAAACCUCCUGCUUUACCUCACCAUGCGCUUCGCCACAUCCAUCAAGCAGAUCCAAAAUCUGCGCGCCUAUCACGCUGGCGACAAGCUCUUCGUCGAGGUCGACAUCGUUCUCUCUGCCAACAUGCCUCUCAAGGACAGCCACGACCUCAGCGAGGUGCUGACGUACUUCCUCGAAUCGGUGCCCAUCGUCGACCGCGCCUUCGUGCACGUGGACUAUGCGACUUACAACGUCGACACGCACAUUACUCAAUAA